AGAAGGUAGUGGCAGGCAUCACCGUGGAGCAGCUCCGAGAUCCCCGGGAGGCUCGCAGGCGCGCAUCCCGCCAGACCGGGACGUCGCCCCCGCGGACGUCUCGGAGGCGGAAGCGACGCCGGAGGCAGGUGAAGAAACAAAAGAAAAAGGAAGCCAGAUCUUUCCCAAGAUCAAAGAUCAAGGACAUGGCCUCCUCAGGAGUCUACAAACUGGAUGAUGGGAAGCCUUACCUGAGCAACUGCUUUCCAGCCAAAAAUCUGCUUCGGAUGCCAGAGGAAGGCCGAGGACACUGGGUAGUGGCUCGGAAAUGUAGCCUCAAGAAGAAGCCCAGGGGUGUGGUUGAAGCACCACCUGAAGGUCAGGAAAGCCAGAAGGUUUCUUUUGAGGUUAGAGGAAAGAGAGGAUCCCAACAGAAAAACCAAGUGGACACUUCUGGACAUGUUCUGGACCAAGCUUUUCUGCUGAAGCACCACUGUGUGAAGAAUCCGUCAGACCUUUGCAACAUUAACGUGAGCGGCCUGAAGUUCUCCAAGGCUAAGGAAAAGGACUUCAAGCAUUUUAAUUCUGUGAUUUACAUCAAUGCCUCAGAAAACCAGCUGCCUCUAGAGGCAUUUCACACGUUUCCAGUCUUAAAGGAACUGGAGCUCGCAUUUAAUGGCAUCAAAACAGUCUACGUGAAAUAUGGAGACUUUAAGUCCUUGGAAUUCCUGGACCUUUCCUUCAACAACCUGUCUGCGGAGGCCAUCUGUGAUCUGGGGAUUCUGCCACACCUCCGUGUCCUGCUCCUUACAGGCAAUGGGCUCACCUCCCUGCCACCCAGUUUGGCUGUUGCCGAGCAGGAGGCAUCUGUAACAUCACUGACCAGCAAGAGGUACAUCCUGAGGUUCCCGGCGCUGGAGACACUGAUGCUUGAUGACAACAAACUCUCCAACCCAAAUUGCUUUGCCAGCCUGGCCGGGCUCAGGAGACUGAAGAAGUUAAGCCUGGACCAAAACAGGAUUUUCCGGAUCCCGUACCUACAGCAGGUUCAGCUCCGAGAUGGGUCUGGAAACUGGGUUGGAGGCAGGGGGAGUCCCCGGAAAGAGCCCCAAUCCAUGCUGCAGCCCACGCCGUGGAUAUUUGAGCCCUCAGAUGACCAACCGGAUUAUACUGUACUGCCCAUGAAAAAGGAUGUUGACCGGACAGAGGUCGUAUUCUCAUCUUAUCCUGGAUUUUCAACCUCAGAGACGGCCAAGAUAUGUGCACUUCCUCCCAUAUUCGAGAUUCUUCCUGUGAAGUCACUGAAGGCGAGGAACCAGACGCUGGCGCCACCCUUCCCAGAGCUGAGGUACCUUAGCCUGGCCUACAACAAGAUUGCAAAGGAAGAUGCCAUCCUGCCGGUAGCUCUCUUCCCAUCUCUCUGCGAGCUCAUCUUUCAUAACAACCCUCUGGUGGCCCAUACACGGGGGGUCCCUCCACUGCUAAAAAGCUUCCUCCAGGAGUGGCUGGGAAUCCGCUUAAUUCGAAGGAAGAUGGUAAAGGCUAAGCAUCAUAUUUUGAUGCCUCGGAAAGACUCUCGGAAGGUGAAAACCCAAGUCCCAAAGGUGCCAAAGCAGCCUCUGAUUCUCCAUCACCCACCCGUGACCACAAUCAAGCCUUCCUCAAAGGAGAUGCUGGAGUCAGAGGCAGAGCCAACUAAAGAGCUGCCCCCUACCAAAACCGUUUCUGUGGAGCGAGAGAUGCCCAUUGAGGGCCCAGAGGGCCUUCCCCUGUCCCACCGGACCUUCGUGCCACUGCCUCCCAUCUGCUCUGACUCCACUGAGCAUAGUGAAGAGACAUCCCGCUGGAACGUUGCUGCUGGUCGCCUCAGCCCAGACCAGCCAUCAGAUGAGGACACCAAGAGCACAGAGUCCAUCUUCUUGACCCAGGUCAGUGGGCUGUCUUCCUCCAUCUUCCAGAGGGAUGAUUCAGAGAUAAAGGAGGAAGACCAAAGACCACCACCCACAGAACUCAGAGGGGUGAAGAGGACUCAGAAGAAGCUCCCAUCUGCCUCCUUCCCCAGGAAGUGCCAUGGCUACAAGGAGCUGCUGACAGCCAAGCCUGAUCCGGCCUUCACUGAGCCGAAAGGAAUCCAGAAGAAUGCACAGGCCUUGCAGCACAUGUUGAAACACCCACUUGUGUACCGCUCCUGCAAGCCCAGGCUGGACCCUCUUCAGAAACACUAUGUUCCCAAGGAGAAACGGACCCAGAGGAUCCCUAUUCCACCCCCACGGAAGACGCAAGCCCAGCUGCUGGAUGACAUCCUCAUUCGCAUGCGGGACCCCCGGAACAUGACAGAGGCGCCACUAGGAGCUGUCCUGCGCCAGCGGACAGAGCAGCGGCUGGUGAACCAGAAGCAGUACCUGGAGGCCAAAAGGCUGCUGAAGGAGUUUCGUGCACGCUACCGGCGACUGGUGCGCUGCUCGCUGCGGACGGUGUUUGGGGCCACAGCGCCACCCCAGGUCCGCCCAGCACUGAGCGAGGGCCAGCCUAAGUUCGGGCGCUUCCUUGAGUUCAUGGAUGAGUUCUGCCAGGAGCCCACAGCCAGUGACUCGAAAGGCUAGGGCUGUGCACAGGGCCAUGUGCGCCACUCAGCCUGCGCCCCACACCCUCCAUGAAGGCGCCACGCCCUUGACCACUCCUUGGGACAGAUGCGGGCCUCCAAGCUCUGCUCAGCCUCGCUCGCUGGCCGCAGAGAGUGGGGAGCUCAUCAGGACCUCCCCUCCCUGGGCUGGGCUGGGCAGGAACCGGCACCUGGCCCAACAGCAAUAAAGAGUGGGUGC